AUGUGCAUUGAAAGUCGACCAAGCGAGAUACAGAAAGUAUACAUCAAAGCCCUAUCCUCUAUUACCAUGGAAAUCAUGCAGAAAUAUGUUAAAGAUGAUGGGGUAGUGGGGGUGGAUGAUGUGGAUCGUUGGCCUGUUGACUCUGACGCCUUUGGAUUUCUCGCCGCACUCUCGACGGUAAAGUCCAUUGAGUCCUUGAAAGAUCAACCACUUGUUCGUAAGAAAGAUCGAUUGCUAGGGGAGUUGGUUCUUCUCGCUCGGGUUGUUUUAGUCACUGCAAAGAUGUUCUAUUCCUAUGAAAAAUAG